UUUGUUUACAUACAUUGUAAGUAAAAACUUGGUUGACGUGUAUCUCGCAUUCCAGGAUUUUAAUCUUUUCAAUUUGUUUGUAGUAAUUAAUUAGAUGAGUUUAGUAACUAGGUGUGUAUAAACGCUGUUACUGUGCAAGUGGCAAAAUGCUAAAAGCCGUAAUAGUAAUCGGCGGGCCGCAAAAAGGCACCCGCUUCAGACCUCUGUCCCUUGACACACCAAAACCUCUCUUCCCAAUUGCCGGAGUGCCGCUUAUACAGCAUCAUAUAGAAGCAUGUGCCAAACUGAAAGAAUGCAAGGAAAUUCUGAUCAUUGGCUCUUAUACUACAACUGUCAUGGCACAAUUUGUGAGUGAUAUGCAGAAGGAAUAUCACAUUAUUAUCAGAUAUCUGCAAGAAUUCACACCGCUGGGCACAGGAGGUGGUCUCUACCACUUCAGGGACCAAGUCCGAGCUGGGAGCCCAUCGGCUUUCUUCCUACUUAACGGUGAUGUCUGUGCUGACUUCGCAUUGAAGGAACUGUGGAUGUUUCACUCUGAAAGACCAGAUGCCUUGGUAACAAUAAUGGGCACGGAAGCCACUCGCCAGCAAUCUGUACACUAUGGCUGCAUGGUCCGCGACCCCUCAACUAAGGCUGUAAACCAUUAUGUUGAGAAACCCAACAGCUAUGUCUCUACUUUGAUCAACUGUGGGGUGUACGUGUGUUCGUUACAAGUCUUCAAUACUAUGGCAAAUGCUUUUGAGAAGAAACAGAAUGAUUUUUACAGUGGCAACAAUGGUCAAUGUAGUCCCGAUUACAUUUCUUGGGAACAAGAUGUUCUAGCGCCUUUGGCCGGCACGAACAAGUUGUACGCUAUGCAGGUCACAAAUUGGUGGUCCCAAGUGAAGACCGCUGGCUCGGCUAUUUAUGCCAACCGUCACUACCUAGAGUUACAUCGUAAUAGGAUUUCACAGUCUGCGCCCUGUCAGAUAAUGCCUGACGUGUUCAUACAUCCGUCUGCGAUCGUCGAUAGCACGGCUGUGAUCGGGCCAAAUGUCUCAAUAGGCGCGGGAGUGACAGUAAAAGCGGGUGUCAGGAUAAAGGAGUCCAUAGUGCUGAACAACGCUACCAUACACGAGCAUGCACUGGUCAUGUAUUCUGUUGUAGGUCAGGAAGCUUCAGUGGGUGAAUGGUCCCGCGUGGAAGGGACCCCUUCGGACCCCGACCCCAACAAGCCCUUCGCGAAGAUGGACAACACGCCGCUCUUCAACUCCGACGGGAGGCUUAACCCUUCCAUUACCAUUUUAGGUGCAGGCGUAGUGGUACCGGCCGAGAUGAUACUCCUAAAUUCCAUAGUACUGCCGCACAAACAUCUGACAAGGAGUUUUAAACAUGAAAUUAUAUUAUAGUAUUUAUUAUUCUUCGAUUAAUUAAAAAAACAAAUAUAUAUUUUAUUAUUUUACACAGGCUUAAACGCACAAAGUUAAGUUUUCUAAUGUCGAUGUAUCAGCGUCGCGUUAGAAGUGACCAAUUUAGCAUUGUGAGAGUACGGUAGUGCAUCAGCCAAGACACGAAUCCAAGUGAAAUGUGCCUUACAUUUCACAAGCGUUUUUUUUUCUUUUAACGAUAAAACCUUUUUAUUGUUUUUUGAUAGAUCAUUUUAAGAAAGUCAAUUGGGUACAAAUAUUUUACCAGUGAAUUUAUUAUUCAGUGUAGCUCCUUAGAAAGGUAGAAAGGAUAAAUAAACUUAAUUAAAGAUAAAUUAUAUUAAUAAUUGUAAUUUGCCGUCUGUCUUCUGUUGUUUUUAAACAGACUGCAAAAAAGCGUUAAUAUUAAUUUUUCACAGCAUGUAUAACAUUACUUACAUAUGCCGACAGCUAAGAAUGGAAUCUUAAAAGAUUCCAUAAUAAAGAGGUAUAAAUAUCAGAUGCAGCUUAUUCAAUCAGAUAAUUAUAGAGUUGUCAAACAAAAGUAUCAUUAUGGUACCCGUUAACUGGAUCCAUAUAAUAUUUUUUUUUACAAAACAUUAAGAUUGCAGGCGUCUAGAAAUUGUUGUUUUCAAACAAUGUAGUCGAUAAUUAUACAUUGCUUUCCGGUGAAAUUUUGCCAAAGUGGAAAAAUUACAUAUAAAUGUAUCUAGUCUUGUGAUUGGGUCCUGCAAUAAAAUGUUUGUUCGGUUUUUUUUU